AUGAAGAAGAUGAGCAACAUCUAUGAGUCAGCUGCCAACACACUGGGAAUAUUUAACAGUCCCUGCCUGACCAAAGUUGAGCUGCGUGUGGCGUGCAAAGGCAUUUCCGACAGGGAUGCUCUUUCCAAACCUGACCCCUGCGUGAUCCUCAAGAUGCAGUCCCACGGACAAUGGUUUGAGGUUGAUAGGACAGAGGUGAUUCGGACCUGCAUCAACCCAGUGUACUCCAAACUGUUUACUGUGGAUUUCUACUUUGAAGAGGUUCAGCGUCUGCGGUUUGAAGUCCAUGACAUCAGCAGCAAUCACAAUGGGCUGAAGGAAGCUGAUUUCUUAGGUGGCAUGGAAUGUACACUUGGCCAGAUUGUUUCCCAGAGGAAGCUGUCCAAGUCCUUGCUGAAGCACGGGAACACGGCCGGCAAGUCUUCCAUCACGGUGAUUGCUGAAGAAUUAUCCGGCAAUGACGACUACGUGGAGCUUGCGUUCAAUGCUCGGAAGUUGGAUGAUAAGGAUUUCUUCAGUAAAUCUGACCCCUUCCUGGAAAUUUUUCGGAUGAAUGAUGAUGCCACUCAGCAGCUCGUACACCGAACUGAGGUUGUGAUGAAUAACUUAAGCCCAGCCUGGAAGUCCUUCAAAGUCUCUGUAAAUUCUCUCUGCAGUGGAGAUCCAGACCGCCGACUAAAGGUACAGUGGGAAUGCAUCAACCCCAAGUACAAAGCCAAGAAGAAGAAUUACAAAAACUCAGGCAUGGUGAUCCUGAAUCAGUGUAAGAUUCACAAGAUGCAUUCCUUCCUGGAUUACAUCAUGGGUGGCUGUCAGAUCCAGUUUACAGUAGCUAUAGAUUUCACUGCCUCAAAUGGGGACCCCAGGAACAGCUGCUCCCUACAUUACAUCCACCCUUACCAACCCAACGAGUACCUGAAGGCUUUGGUAGCUGUAGGAGAGAUUUGUCAAGACUAUGACAGUGACAAAAUGUUCCCGGCCUUCGGCUUCGGUGCCAGGAUACCCCCCGAGUACACGGUCUCUCAUGACUUUGCAAUCAACUUUAAUGAAGAUAACCCCGAAUGUGCAGGGAUUCAGGGCGUUGUGGAAGCUUAUCAGAGCUGCCUGCCGAAGCUUCAGCUAUACGGCCCCACCAACAUCGCCCCCAUCAUUCAGAAGGUGGCCAAGUCAGCCUCGGAGGAGACCAACACCAAAGAGGCCUCGGCAUCUCCGGCUGCCCUGGCUAAAAGCGUAUUGGCUGAAGUUCCAAACCAAGUCGUGGACUAUUAUAACGGCAAAGGCAUCAAACCAAAAUGCUCGUCGGAAGUCUACGAAUCCUCCAGGACGCUAGCCCCGUGA